AUCCAAGCUCAAAGCCAUCAUCAUCAACGAUGAGCUACUUAACAAAUUUCUCCAUCUUCUCCGUACUCCUUAGCCUCCUCUUCAUUUCCACCUAUGCAACCACCUUUGAAAUCCGCAAUAACUGUACCUACACCGUCUGGGCUGCAGCCUCCCCUGGUGGUGGCCGCCGCCUUGAUCGUGGCCAAUCCUGGACCAUUAGCGUGCUUGCUGGCACGGUGGCACGUAUCUGGGGCCGCACCAAUUGCAACUUUGAUGGCAGUGGUAGGGGUCACUGUCAAACCGGUGACUGUGGUGGAGUCCUUGAUUGCAAAGGGUGGGGCGUCCCUCCAAACACCCUAGCCGAAUAUGCCUUGAAUCAAUUUGGAAACAUAGAUUUUUACGACAUAUCCCUACUGGAUGGGUUCAAUAUCCCCAUCGAAUUUGCUCCUACCAAUGGAGGUUGUCGUACAACCAGGUGCGCCGCCGAUAUAAACGGGCAGUGUCCUAACGAACUUAGAGCUCCGGGUGGGUGCAACAAUCCAUGUACAGUGUUCAGGACUGAGGAAUACUGUUGCACUCAAGGUUAUGGACCAUGUGGACUGAACAGGUAUGCUCAGUUCUUCAAAUCUAGAUGUCCUGAUUCUUACAGUUAUCCUCAAGAUGACACUGCAAGCACGCUUACUUGCCGUAGUGGCACCACCGAAUAUAGGGUUGUGUUCUGUCCACUUGGGUCACCUCAUUUCCCUCAAGAGAUGAUCAAAAGUAUUACGGUAUGAACAGAGGCUUGAUCGAGCCAUCUGUCUUUUGCUAUAGAAAAAGUUUUGUUUGGAUAAAUGUCUUGUCUACAUGGAUAUGAAUGUGGUGUUGGAUCAUAAACAUAGGAAAAUGAUACAUGCUACGAAUUAGGGGAUGCCACUCGGGCAACGAAAGUACGUGGCAAACCAUGUGUGCUACUUACGUGUCUUUUUUAAUUAAAUCACCAAAAUGUCA